AUGAAUAGUGUGGCUCUUGGCGGGAAGCCGGGCGUUGGCAACGGCUUUCAGUUUCAAGGGCUCUCACCUAUUUCCGACACGACUCCGAGCCAGUCACCAAACCAGCACGCGUACAUGGGCUCCGCCGCCAUGGCUGGCCCUGCCGGUGCCGGUCCUGGAGCUCCUGGCGCCGGUCCUGGCACCGGCGCCGAACCGGCUUCUUUUAACAACAUGCAGUGGAUGGCAGAUGGGCAGACGCCGGGCUUUGCGCCACGGGCUUGUGAGAAGUGUCGGUUGUCGAAGCGCAGGUGUGACAAAAAGUUGCCUCACUGCGACCGCUGCGUCCGCCUCAAUGCGAAAUGCCACUACGUACAGGACGCCCUGGCCACCAGCGCCAACCCACACGGACCUCACUUUGUCGUCUAUCAGUCACAACCGCUGUCCAGCGACGCGAUGCUUCGCAGUCUAGAUCCGCUCGAGAACGUUUCGGUGUCUCAGAUAUUAGGGCUCCUGGGCGGCCCGGACACUGACGCGGAGCCCGACUGGAAGGCGCCAGUACAUGCAUACUUCACCUACAUCCAUCCGUGGUAUGCUGUGGUCCAUCCGGCACUAUUCGAUCAGCGCGUGUCGGAGAUUCAGUCACACCCAGACUACCCUUCACCAGCACGGUCGCAAUCUUCGUCAGGUUACGCCAACGGGCAAGCUGACUUGCAUCCGUCUUUCAAGAGGUCGCCAUCUCAGUCCGAGGCUGACUUGGAGCUGCGAGGCAAAGAUCUCGCGCUGCUUAUCGUAGCCAUGCAUCUCGUCACGAGGUGUAGGCGGAACCACAACGGUGUGGUACAGAUGUUUGACGAGACCUAUCGUGUUCUCAAGCGACUAGUCUCGCUCGUCUGCCUCAACGGCGCGGACGGACCACCACCCAGCAUAGAGAUGGUCCAGUGCGGCGCACUCCUUGCGCUGUACGAGUACGGCCAUGGUGAGUCACACACGGCCUAUCGGACACUUGCGCAGGCUGCUGCGAACGCUAGUGUCGUGGGAGUGGCACCUGGAUACGGAGACAAACCUGCACAGAGACAUAUCCUCGCCGACGAGCCCGUAGAGCUGUCGGUAAUGGACAAGGAAGAGCGAGGGGGUAUCUGGUGGAGUUUAUUCAUCCUUGACCAGUUUCUUCACAGAGACGAGACGGCUACUCACCUACCUUUUAUUCUGGAGACACCAGCAUACAACGCUCUGCUACCUGAAAUGCCAAUUAUGACCACCGCUCCGGGAUGGACCACCAGUACCAGCGGAAACUCGCUGUUCCCAGCCCCCACCAUCAGACGGCAGCCCGUGAGCGUCGUAUUGGGUAACGAAGAGCUUGGCACCUUCCAGCUAUCAGCAAAGUGCAGCAGCUUAUUGCAUCGUGCCCUUCGCCUAGACAAGGAGCGCUCGAGCCUGCCGCAUAUGAGCACGACGAUAUUCUCUGAUCUCGACCAGGAAUUGCGCAGGGCCACACAGACACUCAUUGAGAGGUCCAUGCAUUGGGAGCUGAUGCUUGACUGCUUUUCCAUGUGCAUUAGUGCCUUGUUUACUCUCUACCUGCCGUAUCUGCCAAGGAUAGAAAACAUGUCAGCCCAGCAGAUUGAGGCUGAUCCGGAACUCAAGACGGCCUUGGCGGCGUUGCGCUUUGCUUGCAAGAUGUCAACGGACAUAUCCUGCAAGAUCAAUUCGGAAUUUGUCAAUAAUGGCGACAGCCCUUCCAACGUGGACGUCCUGUCGGCACCCGUAGGGGCCACAUGCUACCUAGUCAUCAUUGUGUUUUCGUCGUUCCGGCGGAUAUUCCCCGACGAAAACCUCGAGUGCCAGCGGGCUAUCGCGGAGAAAUUCGAGAGUUUGCGGCUGUUCAGCAAUCGCUGGGGCAUCGCCGAGAAGAUGAUGCGCCUGCUCGAGCAGAAGCGCGGGAUCUACAGAGAAGAAUACUUGACGCCAGGAACUUUGGGACCAUGA